AUGGCACCGACUCGCGCUCAACUCCUCGAAACAGCAAUCGCCUUGGUCGAAGCCUUUGAAACAUGGACAAUCGACGCCCUCCUAGCUAAACGCAGUACCAAGUCGACACAGCACUUCUUACCGGAGUCUCUCGGCCGUUCGGCACAGGACAUCGACGGGUUUCGUCGCCAUAUUGAAUUUCUCAUGCCACUGGUUCCAGAUGGAUUCAAGGUCAAUGCCCGUUAUAAGGAGCCGAUGGUGGACGAAGCAGCACGCAAAGUGGCUGUCUUCGCAAAGUGUUCGGCAAACACCGUUGCUGGCCCGUAUCAUAAUGAGUACAUUUUCAUCAUCCAUCUCAACGAGGAUGGGACGCUAGCGGACAAGGUUGAGGAGUUCCUCGAUAGCUCGCUCGUGAGGGAAUUGGAGUCCAGGCUUGCUGCGUUUGAGGAGCAAAAGCCCUGA